AUCUUUCCCCCUCUGGACACACAGAGCUGCACCUCCCCUAAUAAAUGGCCUCCUUCUCAGUCCAAGAAGUCACAUCCACACGCUUCACACCGAUUUGCUGUCCCAUCCCACCCCCUGGCUUCCGGCCCUCCUGCCCGGAUGAGACAGACCCAUCCGCAUGUCCACCCCAGAUCCUCAUUGACUGGCCAGGCAAAGGUCAAGGAAGAGGUCCAUAGGCCAGAAAUUACAUCGUCUGAGGAAUUGUCUGAGGAAGUUCAACGGMGAGGCGCAGAAAUUGCGAAUAUGUAUAAAGCACAGCUGAAAGAGAGGAUGGCCCAAAAGAGAAAGGAAGAGAUUCUGAAGAAAAGGGUAAACAACAAUGACAAGAACGAUGACACUGAGGCCUCCUGCUCCUCUGCAGUAGAACAUUCUAAUACCCCUUCCACAGCCCCCGAGCGCCCUGCCAGCCCAGACGCCACGCCAGUGGCCGCCCGAGAGGACACUCAGGGGGAAACCCAGGAGGACCUGGCAGACGUUGUGAAUGUGCUCAAGAGGCAAUCAUCUGAUCUAUACCUGCCUGACAACGUUUGUGAGGAGUCACUCACAUGGAAGUCCAUUUACGAGGAGCUGUGCCCGCUCGCUCACAGGGUGAACACAGAAGCUGACUACAUCAAGGCGCUCCGCGUCAUCACUGAGAAGGCUGUGACUCCCUCGUGCUCGUCUGAGGAUGAUGUGUCUCAGAGUGUGAGUGAGGACACAAGUMAGGAGGGGAGUAGUGAAAGUGAGGAGAGCAUGAGUGGACAACAGCAGAGAUGUCUACACAGGGAACCUUAUGGUGAGAGGGACAGGAAGGAGAUUGAUAGUGGUAAAAUGGAAGGGAGAUAUGCAACCGCCAAUGCAUUGUCUAUGAUGGCAAGCCGAGGGAAAGAAGAACUUAAUGCCAUGAGUUACGUAGACAGGAUCAAAUAUUUCAAGGACGAGGCUAAGAGAAAUGAAGAGAUGAUGAAGAUUGAAAGGAGGAAGGAAAAAGCCAGGGACGAAGAGCUCAAAAAGUGGGAAAAGAGACAGAAGAAAUUGAAUGAGGAGGAAAGGAAAAGGACA